AUGGCCUGCUCCUUGGUCCAGUUCUCCUGUUUCCAAGACCUGCACGCCGCCCGAGACUUCCUCUUUCCUCACCUGCGGGAAGAGCCUCCCAGCGGUGCUGUGCGCAAGGACCCCAGUAAAUCAACGAUUUGGGAAGAUGAUGGUUGGGGAGCAUGGGAAGAAACAGAAUCUCAAGAACCUGAAGAAGAAGGAACUACUUGCAAAACACAAAAAACUUCUUGGCUUCAAGAUUGUGUUUUAUCAUUAUCUCCAACCAAUGAUCUUAUGGUGAUUGCUCGAGAACAAAAAGCAGUAUUCCUAGUGCGUAAGGAAUAUUUAACCAGUGCUCUGUGUAUCCCACUGGCAAGCCAAAAGAGGAGUUCCACCGGACGGCCUGAUUGGACCUGCAUUGUGGUGGGCUUUACUUCAGGUUAUGUACGCUUCUACACUGAGAAUGGUGUGCUCUUGCUUGCACAGCUUUUGAAUGAAGACGCAGUACUACAACUCAAAUGCAGGACCUAUGAAAUCCCACGGCAUCCUGGUGUGACUGAACAGAAUGAAGAGUUAAGUAUUUUAUAUCCAUCUGCUAUUGUGACUAUUGACGGAUUUAGCCUUUUUCAAUCUCUUCGUGCCUGUCGAAAUCAGGUAGCAAAAGCUGCAGCAUCGGGCAAUGAGAAUAUACAGCCACCACCAUUAUCUUAUAAGAAAUGGGGUCUGCAAGAUAUUGACACUAUUGUUGAUCAUGCUAGUGUUGGUAUUAUGACACUGUCACCUUUUGAUCAAAUGAAGACUGCCUCCAAUAUUGGUGGAUUUAAUGCAGCAAUAAAAACCACUCCACCUGCCAUGUCUCAGUAUAUCACUGUAGGGUCCAAUCCAUUUACCGGCUUUUUCUAUGCUUUAGAGGGAAGCACACAACCAUUAUUGUCUCAUGUUGCCCUUGCAGUUGCAAGUAAACUCACCUCUGCCUUGUUUAAUGCUGCCAGUGGUUGGCUUGGUUGGAAAAGUAAGCAUGAAGAAGAAGCUGCCCAAAAGCAAAAACCCAAGGUUGAGCCAGCUACACCAUUAGCUGUAAGAUUUGGACUUCCAGAUUCUAGACGCCAUGGGGAAAGUAUAUGCCUUUCUCCAUGUAACACACUGGCAGCUGCAACAGAUGAUUUUGGCAGAGUUAUUUUGUUGGAUGUAGCUAAAGGAAUUGCAGUACGCAUGUGGAAAGGGUAUCGUGAUGCACAGAUUGGAUGGAUCCAGAUUGUAGAGGAUCUCCACGAAAGAGUACCAGAAAAAGUGGACUUGUCCCCCUUUGGAAAUACUCAGUGUCCAAGCCGAGUAGCUCAGUUCCUUGUGAUCUAUGCACCACGACGGGGGAUCUUAGAAGUGUGGAGCACACAGCAGGGGCCUAGAGUGGGAGCUUUCAAUGUAGGAAAGCACUGUCGGUUAUUAUAUCCUGGCUAUAAAAUAAUGGGCUUAAAUAAUGUUACCAGUCAGAGUUGGCAGCCACAGACUUACCAGAUCUGUCUUGUUGAUCCAGUGUCUGGAAGUAUGAAAACAGUGAAUGUUCCUUUCCACUUAGCACUGAGUGAUAAAAAGAGUGAACGGGCCAAAGACUUGCACUUAGUGAAGAAACUAGCAACGUUACUGAAAACAAAGUCAUCCAAUCCAGAUUCACUUGAAAUGGAAAUAAAGGAAUUAGUUCUUGAUAUUAAGUACCCUGCAACCAAAAAACAGGCAUUAGAAAGCAUUUUGGCAAGUGAGCGUUUGUCAUUUUCCUGCCUUAGAAACAUCACUCAGACUUUAAUGGACACUUUACAGAAGCAAGAGCUGGAGUUGGUUGAUGAAGGAUUGCUACAGUUUUGUGCCAGUAAACUGAAAUUGCUUCAUCUAUAUGAGUCUGUCACUAAAUUAAAUUCCCUUGACUUUCAUUCAGAUACACCAUUCUCUGACAGUGACCUGGCUGCGUUACUAAGGCUUGACGAAAAAGAACUGCUAAAGCUCCAGUCCUUACUAGAGAAGUACAAGGAAGGGAUGACCAGGACUACUGUCCGUUUUUCUGAUGACAAGGAUCGUGUAUUGCCUUUGAAAACAUUUCUGGAGCAGUUAGAAGCUGAGAAUGAUAUGAUCAACAUAAAGAAGAUAAGUGAGGAGGACUAUGUAGCUUUAGGCGAUUUCUUUUUUUGGAAGUGCUUGUAUGGGGAAAGCUCCACCGAGGAUAUGUGCCACACCCUAGAGUCUGCUGGUCUCAGCCCCCAGCUGUUAUUGUCUCUACUCCUGAGUGUUUGGCUUUCUAAGGAAAAAGAUAUUUUGGAUAAGCCUCAGUCUGUCUGCUGUCUUCAUAAAAUGCUCUCCCUCCUGAGCAAAAUGAAAGUGGCCAUUGAUGAGGCCUGGGAUUCCCAGUCUGUGUCCCCUUGGUGGCAGCAGAUGCGCACAGCUUGUAUCCAGUCUGAGAACAAUGGAGCAGCUCUGUUAUCUGCACAUGUCGGACAUUCUGUAGCUGUUCAGAUAUCAAACAGCCUGACAGAGAAAAAAUUUUCCCAAACAGUUUUGGAUGCUGAUUCAGAGGGCCUCACGGAUUCCUGGGAGGCUCUUUCUCUGGACACUGAAUACUGGAAACUCCUGCUGAAACAACUGGAGGAUUGCCUCAUACUACAGACUCUGCUUCAAAGCACGGUGAACACUCAACCCACCAAAGUGUCAUUGCUGCAGACUGAGCCACUGCCGAGGCUGUCUGUCCGAAGAUUAUUAGAAGGAGGAAAAGGUGGCUUUGCAGACAGUGUAGCCAAGUGGAUAUUUAAACAAGACUUCAACCCUGAAGUAUUGAAUCUGGCUAACAAAGAAAGUGAUGUGGAAAACCCUGAUGAACCCAAAGAGGCUAUUCACAGAGAUUUCCUUGAAGUGUCAGAGGUAGACACAGACUUGGGAGCCUUAUCAGACUUGCUGCAUUUAGCCUAUAAACAGUUCCCUUGCAGCCUUGAACUAGAUGUGCUCCAUGCACAUUGCUGUUGGGAGUACAUUGUUCAGUGGAAUAAAGAUCCAGAGGAAGCACGGUUCUUGGUUAGGUCAAUCGAACACUUGAAGCACAUUCUCAAUGCACAUGUUCAGAAUGGCAUUGUGCUGAUGAUGUGGAAUACAUUCUUAGUUAAAAGAUUUUCUGCUGCUACAUACUUGAUGGACAAGGUUGGAAAAUCACCAAAGGAUCGGUUAUGCCGAAGGGAUGUGGGGAUGAGUGACACAGCAAUGACAUCUUUCCUCGGCUCCUGCUUGAAUCUUCUUCAGACCUUAAUGGAGGCAGAUGUGAGCAGAGAUGAAAUGCAAAUGCCCAUCUUGGACACUGAGGAUGCCUGGCUCUCUGUGGAAGGACCAAUCUCAAUAGUGGAACUGGCCCUUGAGCAGAAACACAUCCACUACCCGCUGGUGGAGCACCACUCCAUCCUGUGCUGGGUCUUGUAUGCGAUCAUGAGGUUUGCUCUGAAGACUGUGAAGCCACUUUCACUUUUUGAUAGUAAGGGGAAAAAUGCAUUUUUCAAAGACCUAACGUCAAUUCAGUUAUUACCUAGUGGGGAAAUGGAUCCAAAUUUUAUUUCUGUGCGGCAGCAGUUUCUGUUGAAAGUUGUUAGUGCAGCCGUCCAGGCCCAGCAUUCUGUUGCAAAGAGCAGAGAUUCCUCAGAAGAGACACUAGCCACUCUUUUUGAGAGAGACUAUAACUGGUCAGUUCUAGCAGUGGAUCUAGCUCAUCACCUUCAAGUUAAUGAAGAUGUUAUCAGACGACAUUAUGUGGGAGAACUCUACAGCUACGGAGUUGACCACUUAGGAGAAGAGGCCAUUCUGCAGGUUCAAGAUAAAGAAGUCCUUGCCUCUCAGCUGCUUGUGUUGAUAGGGCAGAGGCUGGCUUAUGUCCUCUUCCACAGCCAGACAAAACAAGGGCUGGAGCUGCUUGCCAGGCUUUCACCCACACUCUGUACCUGGCUCAAAGCAAUGGACACUCACGGUCUUCAAAAUACUUCAGUGCCAAUUGCAACAACAGCUAAACUAGUAAAUAAAGUAAUUGAGCUUUUACCAGAAAACCACGGGCAGUAUAAUUUAGCCUUACACCUUGUUGAAGCUGUGGAAGCCAUUUCUAUUCCUAUUUCAUGA